GGAGCAGGUACUUCUCCAAGCAAGAAACAAAACCAGUGGGGCACAGACCCCACUUCCACUGGACACGUCCUUCAGCCACUACAUUAUGUCGGACCAAAGCGUUCUUCGUAGCUCUACAGCUGUGAACCAGAGCACGGGACGGGACAUCAGACUUUUUUCAUCUCCAGAAGAAGACAGCAGUCUGUAUUUCACUUACAGUGGUGGACGCAAUGAACUGGAAGUUCAUAAUCUCAGCUAUGAGGUGGACACAGCAGCCCAGAUACCCUGGUAUGAGAGGCUGUCAGAGUUUAAGAUGCCUUGGGAGAUGCACAGCAACAAGCAAACAGCCAUUAAGGAUUUAAACCUACGUGUACACAGUGGCCAGAUGCUUGCUGUAAUUGGCAGCUCAGGUUGUGGCAAGACUUCCUUACUGGACAUCAUAACGUGUCGAGACGAGGGCGGCACUGUGAAAUCAGGAGAGAUUUUGAUCAAUAAGAAACCUUGCACGCGCUCCCUGGUAAAGAAAAACAUCGCUCACGUGCGGCAGGAUGACCGUUUGUUACCGCAUCUCACAGUAAGAGAGACGCUCGCUUUUGUGGCACAACUGCGGCUGCCCUCACACUUCACCCAGGAGCAGAGAGAUCAAAGGGUGGAUGAUGUCAUUGCAGAGUUGCGCCUGAGGCAGUGUGCACACACGCGGGUGGGGAAUGAGUAUGUGAGGGGGGUGUCAGGGGGUGAGAGGAGAAGAGUAAGCAUUGCUGUACAGCUACUCUGGAAUCCUGGUAUUCUCAUCCUAGAUGAGCCUACCUCUGGUCUAGAUAGCUUCACAGCCCAUAAUUUGGUCAUUACAUUGUCCCGUCUGGCUCGAGGGAAUCGUCUGGUCUUGCUCUCCGUCCAUCAGCCCCGUUCAGAUAUCUUUCAGCUCUUUGAUCUGGUGGUGCUCUUGUCAUCCGGUUCAGCAGUGUACUGCGGUCAGGCCAAAGACAUGGUACCCUACUUUACCGCUCUUGGAUACCCCUGUCCACGGUUGUGCAACCCUUCUGACUACUAUGUGGACUUGAUAAGCAUCGAUCGGCGCAAUCCCGAAAUAGAAGCAGCGUGUUUGGAGAAAACCAGAACUUUAGCAGCACAGUUUGUGGAGAAGGUGAACAACACAGAGGAUUUCAUGUGGAAAUCAGAAGAUUACGGUCCACAGCUGGACGAUCCUCAAAGCGUCACCUCCGUAUCACAGAUGGAUGCAGUGAUCACAGUGUCCAAGCAAAAGGACAGACUUCCGGGUAAACUUCACCAAUUCACAGUCCUGAUCAAACGGCAGGUCUUUAAUGACUAUCGUGAUCUGGUGACGCUGAUGGUUCAUGGUUUCGAAGCGCUGCUGAUGUCACUGCUCAUUGGUUUUCUUUAUUACGGGGCUGGAGGGCAGAGUUUAUCUGUACAAGAUACUGUGGCCUUGCUUUACAUGAUGGGGGCCCUGACACCCUUUGCUGUGGUGCUGGACGUCAUAGCAAAGUGUCAUUCAGAAAGAGCCAUGCUUUAUCAUGAACUGGAGGAUGGGAUGUACUCAGUCACCUCAUACUUUUUUGCCAAGGUCCUCGGCGAGCUUCCAGAGCACUGUGUUUUUACACUGGUAUACGGUUUGCCCAUCUACUGGCUGGCUGGGCUCAAUUAUGCUCCUGAUCGGUUUCUUCUCAACUUCCUGUUGGUGUGGCUGAUAGUGUACUGCAGUCGCUGCAUGGCACUAUUUGUGGCAGCAGCCCUGCCAACAUUGCAGACGUCUUCCUUCAUGGGCAACGCAUUCUUCACCGUCUUCUACCUGACGGCAGGCUUUGUCAUAAGUCUAGACAACAUGUGGCUGGUGGCGUCCUGGUUUUCCUACAUCUCCUUCAUGCGCUGGGGUUUUGAUGGAAUGCUGCAGGUUCAGUUUCAAGGAGUCAAAAUCCCAGUUUCAAUUGGAAAUGUGACUGUAGAAUUAGAUGGUAUUAAAGUGGUGGAGAUGAUGAAAAUGAACCAGUAUCCACUUUAUUCCUGCUUCCUGGUGCUUAUUGCUGUUGCUUUUGUUUUCAUGUUGCUCUAUUUUGUGUCACUCAAAUAUAUUAAACAGAAAUCCAGUCAGGAUUGGUAAGAAACAGCUCACAUUAAAGGGACACUCCACUUUUUUUUUUUUGAAAAUAUCAUUUUCCAGCUCCCCUAGAGUU